AUGGCAAAGAUUAAGAAGAAGGGCACCUCUGGCCAGGCCAAAAACUAUAUCACCCGUACCCAGGCCGUACGCAAGCUUCAGAUUUCUCUGCCGGAUUUCCGUCGCCUAUGUAUCUUCAAGGGAAUCUAUCCUCGUGAGCCCCGGAAUAAGAAGAAGGCUUCCAAGACCGCGACCCCGAAUACCACUUUCUACUACACCAAGGACAUCCAGUACCUUCUGCACGAGCCGCUCCUCAACAAGUUCCGUGACCAGAAGGCCCUUGCUAAGAAGAUCGCGCGUUCUCUUGGCCGUGGCGAAGUCAGCGAUGCGGCUCGCCUUGAGAAGAACCACGCUCCGAAACUCACCCUCGACCAUGUCAUCAAGGAGCGCUACCCGACCUUCAUUGAUGCACUUCGUGACCUUGACGACGCUCUUUCACUGCUCUUCCUGUUUGCUACCCUCCCUUCCACCAACCAUGUCCCGCCCAAGACCAUUGCGCUCUGCCAGCGCGUGUGCCACGAGUUCCAACACUACCUGAUCACCACCAACUCGCUGCGCAAGUCCUUCCUGUCCAUCAAGGGUAUUUACUACCAGGCUACCAUCCAGGGCCAGGAUAUCAUGUGGCUGGUGCCUUACCGGUUCGUGCAGCGCGUCAACGGCGAUGUCGACUACCGUAUCAUGGCCACUUUCGUGGACUUCUAUACCACCCUGCUGGGCUUUGUCAACUUCCGCCUGUACUCUUCGAUCGGAUUGAGAUACCCCCCGAAGUUCGAUACCCGCAGCGAUGAGAAUGGUGCUGAGCUGGCUGCUUUUACGCUUGAGGGCCGCACGGUGGCCGAGACCCCCAAGGCCAUCGAGGCCGGCAAGUCGAACAGUGCCAACAAGGAGGUCUCCAAGGAGAUCCAGGCUAAGGUGGACAAAGUGAUCAAGUCGGCUGGUCUCGACCAGACUAAGGAUGAGCAAAUGGUUGAUGCUACUGAAGAGUCCACCGAUGCCAUUGACCGAUUCGAGCCCGCUGCCCCCGAGGCCGACACCCUGCCCCAGCCUGACAUGAGCGGCAGCGAGGCAGGUGCCUUGUUUGCUCCAUUUGUUUUCUACAUCUCCCGAGAGGCUCCCAAGGCCCCUCUCGAGUUCAUCCUGCGUGCUUUCGGCUGCAAGCGCGUCGGCUGGGAUGCUGUCAUGGGUGAUGGCGCUUUCACUCACGACGAGACUGAUCCCCGCAUCACUCACCAGAUUGUCGAUCGCCCCCAGCUUCCCGAGGGCUCUCUGCCCGCAGUCCCCGAUGCGGAUCCCUCUACCCAGAAGGUUAAGCCUGGUACUCGUAUUCCAGGACGCACAUAUGUUCAGCCCCAGUGGAUUUGGGACUGCAUCAAUGAUGGCAAGCUCCUCCGCGCUGAUCUGUAUGGCCCCGGCGAGACACUUCCGCCCCACCUGAGCCCUUGGGUUAAGGCUUCUCGCGGUGGCUAUGAUCCCCGGGCCAGCCUGGCUGAGCAGGAGGAGGAGGGUGAGGCCGAGGCGGCCGAGGAUGCCGAGGAUAGCGACGAGGAGAUGGAAGAUGACGCUACCGCCGAGGACAAGGCCGCUGUCUCUGCUGAAGAUUCCGACGAGGAGUCUGUUGAUGGUGGCAUGGACGUUGCCGGAACUGAUGACGACGAGAGCGAGAGCGACGAAGAGGAGGAGGGCGAGGAUGAGGACUUUGGCGGAUUCCAAGAAGAGGCUGUUUCCGAGUCUGAUGAUGAUGACGAGGCUGCCCGCAACCAGCACCAGCGGGAGCUGGAGGCUGAGGCCGCCGGACUUCCCUUUUCUUCUGCUAGCGCCACCGACGAAGCCUCUAAGAAGAAGACCGCUCAGUCCAAGAAGCUUGCUGCCAAGAAACGCCAGGAGGAUGAGGAGCUUGAGCGCCAGAAGAUGAUGAUGAGCCGGAAGAAGCGCAAGCUCCUUGAGAAGAUGAUGUACUCGAACAAGAAGACUUCUGACGAGGCCGCCAAGCUCCGCUCAAAGCGUCGCAAGCUUGAGAAGGCCGGUCAGAAAUAA